CUUUGAAUACUUUAAUGUCGCCCCCGCCGUCGCAGCGUAUGAUAUCGCAAUAGAUGAAUAAAUCACUCACAUGACCAUAUUAUAUUAUUUGUGUAUCAAGCCUCAGAAUAAUGGUACUUUUUUCUGCUAAUUAUGGUAUUAUUAGCACCUUUUGAUCUAUAUAUACAUAUUUGGUACAUGUGCAUGUCACUUCCCUUGAACUAAAGUGCCCUCUUUUUCUCCAUAUUUAGUUGUUUUUUAUCAUAAUAGGUAGGUAACUUUUGUAAGUAGUAAAUGUACGUAUGUAAAUACAUAUGUGUUUAUGUUAACAACUGAUAAGAGAUAUCAGACAAUUUAAAGUCAGUCUUCAUUCAAAACUGCGACUUAGUUGGUAACAUAUCAAAAAAUAUAUUGUAUUACUAACGAUGGCAGCAUCAUCACAAUUACCAAGUUUAGAUUUCCUCAUUGCGUGUACUUUAACUGGUAGCGAAUUGCAAGAGUAUAACAAGAUUCACUAUGGAAGACCUGAUCAUCACGAGCUUACUGUAAAGAAAAGUAAUCAGGACAAUGCAGAGAAAAAUGGGUUUCAAAUCUCUGCUUACGACUUCCCGGCAAGGAAAGAAGAAACUAGGAGACCACGAAUCGUAAAAGUCGGAAUUAUCCAAAAUUCCAUUGCAGCGUCCACUGAUAAGCCAAUUACCGAACAGAGACAAGCUAUUUUUGAUAAAGUUGGCAAGAUCAUCGAGGCUGCAGGUGAGGAAGGCGUCAACGUCAUCUGCUUGCAAGAAGCAUGGAGUAUGCCAUUCGCGUUCUGCACCAGAGAAAAGCAACCUUGGUGUGAAUUUGCCGAACCUGUGAAUGGACCUAGCACUCAAUUUCUCAAAGACUUGGCCAUUAAAUAUGAAAUGGUCAUAGUUUCUCCAAUUUUAGAAAGAGACGAAGUUCAUGGCGAUACCAUUUGGAACGCAGCUGUUGUUAUAAAUGAAGAAGGUAAAGUCAUUGGCAAACAUCGUAAAAAUCACAUACCUCGUGUUGGUGACUUCAAUGAAUCAACAUAUUACUUUGAAGGCAAUACUGGCCACCCAGUCUUUGAAACUAAGUUUGGUAAAAUUGCUAUAAAUAUUUGCUAUGGGCGCCAUCACCCAUUAAACUGGCUUAUGUUUGGUGUCAAUGGAGCUGAAAUAGUAUUCAACCCUUCUGCAACUGUGGCAGGUCUUAGUGAGCAUUUAUGGGCUGUUGAAGCCAGAAAUGCUGCUAUAGCUAACAGUUACUUCACUUGUGCUAUUAACAGAGUUGGGACAGAGACAUUCCCCAAUGAGUUUACUUCAGGAGAUGGGAAACCAGCACAUAAAGAAUUUGGACAUUUCUAUGGGUCUAGCUAUGUGACUGCCCCAGAUGGUGUAAGAACUCCAGGCUUAUCAAGAAUUAAAGAUGGUUUAUUGAUAGCACAGAUAGAUCUUAACUUAUGCCGCCAAAUAAAGGACAAAUGGGGCUUUACAAUGACACAGCGGCUUGACUUGUACGCUGAGAGCCUCAACAAAGCCAUUAAGCAUGAUUUUGAACCACAAGUUAUUCGCAAGAAGUAGUUUGUACUAAAUGUUGAAUUAAUUUGAUUUUAAUAUUUUAAAAUGUUACUUCAUUUACUUAAUUAAGGUGGUGCUGCUUUUUAUUAUUUUGUUACUAAUUGUUUUUGUUUGUUAUGACUAACUUAUAUUGGAGAAGUGCACAUAUUUUUGAGAAACCUAUUUACAAAUAAUGUUGUAUGUUUUUAUUUUCAUGACUUCAGAUUUUAUUAACCAGAUGUUCUUAUUUUUACUGUUGAAUUAUACAAAUAAUGUAAUAAAAA